GAUAUAUCAAGUUUCAAGCUACGUACUUAUACAUGAUUUUAUAAUCGGCUACGCCGCACGGAGUGACAGCUACCCAAUCAACGCGAUCUAUCGAAAAGAGGCGACACAAAAGCGUCUGAGUCAUAUCAGCAAGGGAAGUAACGACAUAAUAGUAAAGAACAAAACAUAUACAUACACAUUCUUUGACCUUUGAGGAUUAAAAUUGUUGAGAGGUAUUCAAACAAAUGCCAAGUCGAAGGUGUGUGACAAUGACAUGUGGCAUUUGUCAUAUGACUAUUUACUACAGGUAUCCUGCCCUAGUCCUGUUAGUACUGAGCUCCACUGUACUUGUAGUCUACUUCCAAUCCACCAAGUCGUUGGCCUCACAUCGCGAGAUAAGGGAGUACAGCUUGACACAGUACACCUUUGAAGUCAAUACACAACAAUUCUACACAUCAUCAUCCAGUGUCCUGGGGAACACCCUGUUGAGAUCGGGCGAGGAGAGAUUUCUGCAGAUCAACACCAACGAGGCCUGGGUCUAUUCCGCAUUCUUUGACACAAUCAACGACAAAAAUUUGAUUCGAGUUUUUGGCAUACAGCCUCGUAAUUUACAAACUCCGGUUUUCUGUUACUUGAAGACAAACGAUCAGUUUACUGUCAUAGAGGGAACUAGGUCUCUGCUGGUUGACGGCAAUGGCAAAAGACUUCGUGUUGUAAGCUAUGAAUGUUGGCUGACCGAUGGCAGACGUCCAGAUCAAGUUUCAAUAACAUUAAAAAAAACAGAUUCACCCACGAAUACCCUGCAAGUUCUCUAUCCAUCUUUACCGCGGAGAAACUUCACAGUCUGUUAUGCUAUGCUAUUCGACUUAACUAACUACUCGCAAAUCAUUCAGAAUGUUGAGUUCAACAGAGUUCUCGGAGCUGAACAUUUCUUCGUCUAUAACAUGAGCAUUUCAAGCGCAACAGACGCCGUACUAAGACAUUACCAGAAGAGGGGGCUAAUGACAAUCUUACAAUGGCCGAUGAACAUCUCGGGUAUUCAUUAUUUCGGCCAGGUGUUGGCUAUCAACGACUGCGUCUAUCGCAACAAGGGAGUGUCCAAGUAUGUAGUCAUUCAUGACACUGAUGAAAUGAUUGUGCCCAACCGUCAGAACAGCUGGAAAGAGUUAAUCGAUCAAAUCAACGACAAUUUCGAUCAAAUCAACGACAAUUCGACCAGUCAUGAGACGCUGGGUACUUAUAUCUUUGAGACCACUUGCUUCCAGGACAGACCGAAAGGUUCACUUUGGUCCGAAAUCAAACGCAACUAUUCAAUCAGUGAUGAAAUGGAAAAUUUUUUUGAGAAGUACUCUCUCACUGCGUUUACGGAUCUUUUACGUUUGAACACAGUUUGGGCGGGCACUAGACAGAAGUCAAUAGUCAGGCCAGAUCUGGUCUUGUUCCCUGAUAUACACUUGACCACCACUCAUCGAGGGUCAGCCACACAGGUGGUUGUCAAUCAUAGUCUGGCCCUAGUCCAUCAUCAGAGAAAGUGGUCAGUAUCGCCGUCUGACAUACUGGAGGUCACAGCUCUAAGAUUUAAAGACAAAGUGAUACCGUUAGUUAAUGAGACGUAUUUAAAGCUGAUUAAAGGUCACAUAAUUCAGUAAUGUUAUUGAGAUCGUCUACAGCGGUGCCACUACAAGGGUGCUGACUGCAUCACGUGAUAUCCAUGACGAGGUGACGCCGGAGUGAACUUUUUUUUUUCGUACGCCCGAAAAGAAUGUAGAGAGUUGAAUUUAGAUUUCUGUUUAACUGCCAAAAAAGUAUUUAUAAAGUGGAAUUUAGAUUCCUGUUAAAACAAAAAAAAAGCAAGAGUUAUAUAGUUGAAUUUAGAUUCCUGUUAAACCGACAGAAAAGUAAUAAUAAUAAUAAUAAUUUUAUUUAUAAAGCGCUGUUAACAAACAAAAUGUAGGCUCAAGGCGCUGUAACAACAUUACAAACAAAAACACGAGAGCUAAAAUGACAGUUAAUCUAAAAAAGUUUUAAACAGAUAGGUCUUAAUGUUCUUCUUAAAAGUGGUGUAGCAUGUUGUAUGACUGAGAUCAAUGGGGAGUGAGUAUUUAUAAAGUGGAAUUUAGAUUCCUGUUAAACCGCUAAAAAGUAUUUAUAAAGUUAAAUUUAUAUUCCUGUUAAUCCUCCAAAAAGUAUUGGUAGAGUUGAAUUUAGAUUCCUGUUAAGCGGCCAAAAGUAUUUAUAAAGUUGAAUUUAGAUUUCGGUUACACCGCCAAAAAUAGUAUUUAUGGAGUUGAAUUUAAAUUCCGGAUAAAUCGCAAUAUAUAUAUAUAUAUAUAUAUAUAUAUAUAUAUAUAUAUAUAUAUAUAUAUAUAUAUAUAUAUAUAUAUAUAUAUAUAUAUAUAUUAAUAGAGUUGAUUUAAGAUUCCUGUUAAACCACCAAAAACAGUAUUUAUAGAGUUGAAUUUAGAUUCCUGUUAAACCUUUUAGUAACGAUUGAUUUCAUAUCAAACGCUUACUUUGACGAGUCUGAUUGGGGGAAACAUAGAACAUUUGCUAACCGCUCCUGGUGAUACAAAAUCUAGCGACUCCUCCGGAUAUAGACUCUUGAUUUGACAAACCAAUGCAUUGAUGACAAAACUCAAAGUUCUUUUAGGUAAUCGCAAACGCAUUUAAAAACAUAACAGAAGUACACACCUCCCUUCCCUUCAACUAAAUCUCUUUUUCACCAAUCGCUAGUCCAUCAGAGUAUUUAAUUUGCCCUAAUAUAUAUUUUUGUACGCACCUGAUGGAAGCUAGGGGAUAUGUAAAGCGUUCAUGCACUUUUUAAUUAAUUGGCAUUACAGAGCUUAAAUGUAUCUAUCUAAGUAUGUAUGUAUGUAUGUGUUACAAAUGAAAUGAGGUUGCUUGUAAGAGUACCCCAUGUUACAUAUUAAUGGGGAUUGAUUCUAAAAGAGCACCCCACUCAAUAUAACAAAAUUUUGAUCAAUUAAUUUACCUAUUAGCGGGUAUAGCUAAAAAUAUUCAAUUAGAAUUAUAGCUAGAUUUAGGUAUUUAGAUCAAAAGGUCAGUGUUAAGUGUGCUGGCACGUUCGUCCAAAGGUGUGCUUGUCCCUUCUUGUACUGCCUAGGUUAUUAGGUAUAACCUCCAGGUAUACAAUUCAACUAAUGUAUGCAACAAAAGACUUUACAAAGUCGCAGGUAAACAUAUUUACAAAGUUUAUUUACAUGAGAAAAAUAAUUGGCCAUCAACUCACAGGCCGACACAACAAAAAGUAAACAAAAGAUACUCAAAAAUAAUAUGGCACACAGCCCUAGUCAUAUGUUACAUUAUCGUCACAUUCUGGUUAUCAAAAAUACAGGUCACAGGCCUCAGGUCAACACAUGACCACUUUUGACCACUGGGUUACAAACUUCCGGCUUACACAGCCAACUGAAGGUCACAGGCCUCAGGUCGAAACACGACCACUUUUGGCUACACUAUGGUUACAGGCUUCAGGCUUACACUAGCCACUUUUAGCCAAAAAUAACAACAAAAUGGUCAUGAUGAACUAUAGGCUUCAGGGAAACCUAUGAGCCUACAAGCUUCAUAGAAUCCCACCUAUAGCCAUCCGUUUGGUAAAGCCCAUCUGAUGAUUCAAUACGGAUUGAAUCCCUCAGAGACAAGGCUAUAAAAAUAUGUAAAGUCCAUCUGAUGAUUCAAUACAGGUUGAAUCCCUCAGAAAAAGGUUACAAAAAUAUGUCACGUUUGGGAGUACCCCAGUGUCACCGUGUGAUUUUAUAAUCUUAUGAAUGUGGCUGUGGUUAUCAAUGUAGGCGUGGUGGUGACAUUGGGUUCUUAUUACAAAUCACUGAAUAAUGAAAUGACGCUGGGUGUAGCAGACACAAUAAGUUUAAUAUAACACCACAUAGUGAAUACACCAUACAAUUCGACCUAGGAAUGGUCAGUAUUAAUCCAACAGUAAUAUACGAAUAUCACAACUUAGUACUUAUUCUAUAACCAACUACUUUAAACAUCUAACUCUACUGCUUAUAUCUUAAGUGACUCAAUACAAGUGCUUGCUACAAGAUCUCUAUGUGGACUGCCUGCCUUUAACUCUCUGGUUCACCUAAGGUCAAAAGUGUUCACCUUAGUGCAACAUGGGUUGUGAAUAAGAUUCACAAUAUGGAAUUAACAUACACAAUACAGAAUUAGGGUUUCUACUCUAUGGCACCAACUUUGAGGUGGUGACAUUA